AUGGAUACUAAUGGAGAUGAUGAUUUCACAUUCUCAAGGGUUUCGCCACCAGAUAGUGAACUUGUUCUAGAGGCAAAAGAUCUUGCAUCACAUGUAAACGAUAUUUCCCUUGAAAAGGAUGGUUUAGAUCAUCAAAGCAAGUCUCUGAAACAAGUUUCUCCAAUGGAGAAGACAGUAGGUUCUUUGUCUUUCACGGUGAUUGAUUCGUCAUCUUCGAAAAAACAGUCCAAUGAUUCGUCUGAGAGUCUCAAAACUUCAGCUAAAAAGCCUAUAGCUCGUACCAAAGUUCCAUACGAAAAGGGUUAUAGCCCAAUGGAUUGGAUGAAACUUACACGAAUACACCCCGAUCUUGCAGGCCUGAAGGGAGAGUCAAACAGGAGGCUUAUUUCGAUGGAUGAAGUAAAGAAGCAUCGAUCGGGAGAUUCGAUGUGGACUGUUUUGAAAGGUCGUGUGUACAACAUAGCGCCUUAUAUGAAAUUUCAUCCUGGAGGCGUCGAUAUGCUGAUGAAAGCUGUUGGAAGAGACGGUACGUUCUUGUUCAACAAAUACCAUGCUUGGGUCAAUUUCGAGAUCUUAAUCGAGAAAUGCCUGGUUGGAGUUUUGGAUGAUACCAAAUCGAAGAAGCAAGAAGCCUAA